AGCUAUGGCUCGUACCAAGCAGACAGCUCGCAAGUCUACCGGCGGCAAAGCGCCGCGCAAACAGUUGGCCACCAAAGCUGCCCGCAAGAGCGCGCCGGCCACUGGCGGCGUAAAGAAGCCUCACCGCUACCGGCCCGGCACCGUGGCGCUGCGCGAGAUCAGGCGCUACCAGAAGUCAACUGAACUGCUGAUUCGCAAGCUGCCUUUCCAGCGGCUGGUGCGCGAGAUCGCGCAGGACUUCAAGACCGACCUGCGCUUCCAGAGCUCUGCGGUUAUGGCACUGCAGGAGGCGUGUGAGGCCUAUCUGGUGGGGCUCUUUGAGGAUACCAACUUGUGCGCCAUCCACGCCAAGCGUGUCACCAUCAUGCCCAAGGACAUCCAGCUGGCCCGCCGCAUUCGCGGGGAGAGAGCCUAAACUGUCCAUCUGGGCUUGCUAGUUUUUUUUCCCUUCCCAAAGGCUCUUUUCAGAGCCACUCACACUCCCACUGAAAGUAGCUGCAAACACAGUGUUGACGUUCUGGGGCAGAAUUGUUGAAAAGGGGAGGAACGUUACCACCGAGAUACCCAACGACUGAGAUCUCAUUUAGCUGCAAAAAAAAAAAGUUAUAACCAUCAAUUUCACAUUAGCUACAGUGGUUAGCAGUGGGUUAAGUCAAUUUUCUUAAAGCAACUGUCAGCACAAAUGAACAAAACCACUUCCCGGAUUAAAAACUUCCCUAGGCCACUUGGACAAUCUAUAUGUUAAAAGCUGUUUGGCAGUUUGUCAAACAGACUACAAUGGGAUUUAGAACACAGUUAUUUGCAUUUCCUUCUCUGCAGUGGUUAAAAGCUAGGCUGCUAAACAAAAAGUUUGCAGUUUUGCUCCUUGGAAACCUGUAGGGCAGUUCUCUCCUAUAGGGCCACUAUGAGUCGGAAUCCACUGGACCGCAACGGGUUUUUUGCUUUUCCCCCACUUAGGUGGCUGCAACAAUGGGCUCAAACAUAACAACUAUAGUGAGGCUGGCGCAGGGCCGGACAGUGUUUCGUUCUGUUGUACAUAGGGUCGCAACGAGUCGGAACAGACUGGAUUCCACUUAACAACAACCCCCCCUUUAGAAUGUAAAUGUCUGGGGAGAUGAGUGCUUUGUUUUGUGUACCCACCGUGCCUAGAAUGAUACCUUAAACUUGCUCCAUAGAGAUGAGUUAGUUGAACGGUCUAGAUUCCCAGGAGACAGAGGCUAUCUGUAGUUAAGUGAAUUCAGGCAAUGUGGGUGUUUUUUGUUCGUUUUGUUUUGUUGCCCAGGUAUCUAGCAAUGGUUAGUAGACUUCAACUUGUCUCAUACUGAAUUUUAUAUAUAUAUAUCACUCCAAAAAGAACAAAAAACCUGAAUAUGAUUGGACUUAAUCAGUAUGAGAGAAAUGUUACUGUUCAAACUGUAACAUUUGAUUCUCAAGAGAGUCGUAUUGCUUAUUGUCUAGCAGUAAUUUGCCUUCUGGCAAUCCUACAGAUAAAGCUCUGAAAUGUUUACUAUCCUUCACAUUCACUCCAAGAUUUCGAUACUAUAAAAUUAGCAAAUUACCCCAUCCAUCGAUUCUUAUUUGCCAGCUUCCAGGAGCCUGACAAUGCAGAAGUAUGUCUGAGGAGCAAUACACAGGCACCCUGCCAUCAAAACCUGGUUGCUGAGCCCUGCAGGCUGAUUGCCUGACCUUAUAUUGAUGACUUCGCUAAGGUAGAAGCUACAGCGGAGUUAUUUGAGGCAACAGCUCCCACCCCCGCACCCCACACCUGAGGGCUUCCUUAUGAUUCUGUAUCCGUUACGUGAUGACAUACCUACGUGUAUGAAACACCAGAUCCAGGAGAUAUGCAUUCCCCCAAAUCUAAAGAAUUUUACUCAUUUUUUCUUUCUAUAGAAUAUACAUGCCAUAAGCCAAAGUUGUCUUGUUCCAUUCACUAUUGUAUCUCUAGAAUGGAAAGAGCCCCACAUAGGACAGGUAUCCCAUAAAUACUUGUUGAAUGAGUGAAUUUGCUAACUUGUAUGCAUUCUUUGCUUUAAAAUUCAGAAAGCACUGGCAUAUAUUAUUUCCUUUGUUCCUCAGAGAACUUCAGAAAGGAUAGAUCGAUUGUUUACAAAGAAAUCCCAGAGAGGACUCAGCCCAAAUUUUGUACCUUAAAUAAAUAUACUUCAUAAAUAAGAAUGGUUUUAGCUUAAAGAGAUACAACGGUCUUUUAUUUCCUACACAAUAAUUCCCCAAAUUGUCCUGUUUUUAAAUUCCAAUACUCUCUUUAAUCUGCUUUCCCAUUCAGUCUCACACAUUUCAUCCCAGAUGUGUAGCCACCACUAUUUUUAUUCUCCAUGGUGAGUAGAUGUCAUAUUGACAACAACUAUUAUAUAAAGCUUUAUAGUUUCCAAAUAUAUUCACAUGUGCAUUUUGUAUGUGACCCUGACAAUAGUCUCUAGGGUUUAGAAGGGGUACAAGGUACUCUCUUACUAGCUCUGCAAAGUUUGUCUUUUCCAGUACUGCUUUAGUAUUGAAGGACAGCCCUGGGCUGGUGGAUACCAGUUCAUAAUUCUUUCCACAAUCUCCGGCUGAGAGCAAAGUGGGAAGGAGAUGAUCUACAUAAGCCUCCAAUGGCUAUAAUAACCCAUUGCCAUCAAGUUGCCCCUGACUCAUAGUGACCCUAUAGGACAGAGUAGAACUGCCCCCACAGAGUUUCCAAGGGGCUGCUGGUAGAUUCGAACUGCCGACCUUUUGGUUAGCAGCUGAGCUGUUAACCACUAUGCCACCGGGGCUCCACAGGACAAUAAAUAAGGAAAAUAUUUAAAUAAAUAAGCUGGGAGGCAGAGAGCCCUGUUUUUCUUUAAUAGGGAAGGCAGAAGUUAAAUGUUUUUCUUAUCUCUUUUAACUCCUCAGCAUUCCAGGUCAACUACGGACUAGUGAGGAUAUUUUCAAUUUGAAGCCUAUAUCUGGGUAUAGAAGUGGUGGUUUUAGGAAAUGUCCAAAAAUUCUUUGAUAUGCCUCUGUAUGUUUCUAUAAUGAUCUCAAAUCUCAUAAUGUAGAAGUCACUACUAUGCUUUUGAAAUAUAUAUGUAUAAGCACUCAUAGCGUUAACUUAGAAAUAUGCCUAUCUUUGUGAGGCUCUCUAACAUUAACUAUAAGUCAUUAGAAACUGUUAAGUCAUAAGAAAGUUAUUUACAAAAGCUUUGAACUUAGACAAGAAACUUCAAGUAUGUAAAGAACAUAAACAACCUUUAAGUUCACUUUGACUGGCAUGCUGUGACACAAGAAAAUAGAACAUAGUUAAUAUCUAAACAACCUCCCUAAUCUCUAACCUUGAAGAAAAAGUGAGUCCUUCAGCUGGUUUCUAACCCCAGAGAAAAGAAAUAACAUCCUAAUCUUUGAUGUCACACUGCACCUUGUCAUGUGGAGCCAAGGUAACAAAUUCAUAUAAAACCAAGACUCAUUGUCAUAGAGUCGAUUCAGACUCAUAGUGACCCUUUAGGACAGAGUAGAACUGCCCCAUACGGUUUCCAAGGCUGUAAAUCUUUAGCAGCAGGCUGCCACAUCUUUCUCCCACAGAGUGGCUGGUGAGUUUGAACCACUGAUCUGUUGGCUGGCAGCUAAGUGCUUAACCACUGUGCCACGAGGGCUCCUCAAAUUCACAUAUAAACCCUAAAUUUCUGCUCACUCACAGAGAAAAGGCAGAGAUGGAACUGAGAUUCUGUCUGCCACCGCUGACCUUGAACUCUAGCUAUUAGAAACCUCCACCUCCUUAUAGCCAGUUCAAGCCACGGUUAAGCCUUCCUCCUGAGACCUACUAUUAAAGGCAAAAGCCUGAAGUCUGAAGAUUUGGACUCUAAACAUUGAAUUACCUUUGUUAUUGUAAUUGUUAGUUCUAAUUCUCCUCUUCUAAAUGAAUGUUGUGAGAUCUUACUUGUAUGCCUUAUCAUGACUACCUUGCAAUAAACUAAACAAAUUUAUGCAUGUUAAACCUGAGUAUCUCUCUAUUAAACUUCUAAGAUAAAAUCUUAUAACAGAUUUUAUCUUAGAACACAACAGGUAACUCCUCCCUUCAAAAAGCGGAGCCUAAUUCCCCUCCUCUUGAGUUUUUUUUUUUUUUUUUUGUAUGGGCUGAAUUUAGAGACUGCUUUCUAACCGAUGCAGUAAAGCAAAUAACAUAAAAUGAAAGUGAUGGUGAGCUACUUCAGAGACUGUGCUUCUUGCUUGCUCUCUCUCAUUCACUUGCUCUGCGGAACCCUGCUGCCAUGAUGGGAGGACACUCAGGCCGCCCUGCAGAGAAACCCGCAUGGCCAGAAGUUGAGGCCUUCUCCAAAAGUCAUUGGGGAACUACCACAGCCAUGUGGUUGAGCCAUCUCUAGCUCCACUCAGUCAAGCAUCAGA